AUGUCGUCGUCAUCACUGUCUUCUUCAUCCGUUGGCAAACGUACUGCGGCAAAGCCCUUGUGCUUCUGUGACGUUGAAGCUAAUUUGAGAUACUCAAAUACUAAGGCAAAUCCUGGACGACCCUUCUUAGGGUGUUCAAAGUACAACACGAAGGGAUUACCACACUGUAAUUAUUUCAAGUGGGUAGAUAGUGAGCAAGACAUAAAGCUAGAAGAAAGAAAAAAUUUAGUGUCAAGGAAAACCGAGGAAGAGCUCCAAAAGAGACUCAGCGAUAUCGAAAAUAAAGUAACUGAGCUCCUUAAGAUAGUGGAUGACAUCAAGAAGAUAGAGUUGGUGCUAUAUAGUAUAUCGGAGGAGAUCCGGAAAAAGGAGUCGGUGCUUCUUGAGAGAGAAGCUGCCCUAAGGCGUUCACGCAUGUUAUCCCGUCUGUACUUUGGUGUUUUUGUAAUUAUUUUUUGCUAUUUAUACCUUUGGUAGUGGUUUAUGUUACAUUUAAAUAUUCGGAAGUUGUAGGUUAAGUGU